CUCUCUCUCUUAAAAUCCACGCCCCCCAAAAAUUAAAAGCGAAACACCAAAAAUAAUCAAAACCCUAAUCUGAUCUCACCUCUCUCACUUUCCAACCGUCACAAUUCGAAACCACUCUCACCCGCAUGGCCGUCAUCUGAUACAUCCGAUUUUAGGGGCGGCGAUUUUGUCUGUCGUGGUUUGGAUCGGCAUGAAGCGAGAUUUGGCUUCGGCUUCUGAGGGCCAGUCUCAACUCGCCUCCGCCGGCGCCGACUCCGAGGCGACCCCGGCGAUUCGUGUUUAUGAGAGAUUGAACUCCAAGAGGUUCAAAGGCGCGAUUGUUAAUGGCUUGAUUGUGUAUACGCGCGCCAGGAAGUCCGAGAUCAAUGCCCGGAGCGGCGUACCGGACGAGGCCGAAGCCGCCGGCAGUGAACGAUUGGGUGACCCGAGAAACGAUGCGGCUCCCGCGAUCGAGUGCGAUCAGCUGACUGAAAUUGUAGUUAGAGAUGAGGCAAGUAGCGGCGUCGAGAUACCUAGGAGUAGGAAAGGGAGAGGGAGAUGGAGAGGGAGAGGGAGAGGGAGAGGGAAGGGAGAGGGGAGUGAGCUUCGGCGGCCUCUGCCUUUCGAGGAGGAUCAAGAUAUCGGCGGCGGCGAGCUGAUUGAAGUUGUAGUUAGAGAAGAGAGCAAUUUUAGUUUGGAAAUGAGUAGGAAGGAGUCUGCUGCUGCCGCAGGCAGUGCUGGUAGUAGUCUUCGUAAGGGGGGUUGGCCUCGUAAAAGAGGGAAGGAUUCGCAAGGAAUGUCGUCAAGGAAGAAGCCAUUUACGCGAUCCACAUUGAAACUUAGUGCUGAGCCUCCGGUGGAAAAUGGAUCGGAGGUUGUGCAGGGAUUGGAGAUUGUGUCGGUAUCAGAGGAUUUGCCUAUAUCAGAGGUUAUACCAGAAACGGAGUCUUAUCCUCUAUUAGAGGCUGUGCCAGGAUCAGAGGGUUUGCCAGGAUCAGAUGUAUCAGAGGUUGUGCCAGCGGAAGUGAUUUCUGAUAUAGAAGAGGAGAAACUAGUUGCAGUCAGUACACUGCUGUCGAAUAGUAAGCUAGAAAUGAAGAUGUCAAAAAAAGUUGUUAUAGAUAGGAAGCCUACUACAGUCAAGGAGCUGUUCGACACAGGCUUGGUUGAUGGGUUAACAGUGAUUUACAUGGGUAGCAAGAAGGCAUUUGGUCUGCGGGGCACAAUAAGAGAUGGAGGGAUUUUGUGUUCAUGUAUAUCCUGCAAUGGCUGCAGAGUCAUUCCACCAUCUCAGUUCGAGAUUCAUGCUUGUAAAACGUACAGACGAGCAGCGCAAUAUAUAUGCCUUGAGAAUGGAAGGAGUCUUUUGGAUCUUUUGAAGGUGUGCAGGAAUGCUUCUCUGAACACAUUGGAGGCAACAAUUCAUAAGUUCAUCAAUUCGUCUCCAAUAGACAAAUAUUUCACUUGUGAAAAAUGCAGUGUGUCCUUUCCUCCGUAUUGUGCUGUGGAAGAUGGAUCUCUUUGCUAUUCGUGCAUGGUGUCAGACAAUCCUGGAUACAUCCCAUAUCAUGAAGUUAGUAAAAGUCUCAGAGCUUUGAUGCCUGGUUCAUUGUCCUUGUCCCUGAAAAAUGCAAAGUCCCCCAAAACAUCCAAGUCUGCAAAAAAAGGAAUCUCAAAGACUCCUAAAAGUACCAUCUUAAGAACCCCGGGAAGUGCCAUCUCAAAGUCCCUUAGAAGUUCAAUCUUAAAGUCCCCAAAGAGGGCAAUUUCCAAGUCCCCCAAAAGUGCUUCACUUUGGAAGACAACAAAGUUAUCAACACCAGUUUCGAUCUCAAGUCCAUCAAAAAGUGUUUCUCCAAUGCACUCAGAAUAUAAGAGUGGAUGGAAGAUAACAUCAAAGUCCUCAAAAUCAGUUUUGAUCUCAAGGUCCCCAAGUGCUGCUUCACUAUAUUUCUCGUCACAAAAGAAAAGUCAGUGGAGGAUUACCACUAAAGAUCAGCGCCUGCAUAAGUUGGUAUUUGAGGAUGGUGGAUUGCCUGAUGGAAGCGAAGUAGCCUAUUAUGCCCGUGGACAGAAAUUGCUAGUCGGUUAUAAAAAGGGGUUCGGAAUAUUUUGCCGUUGCUGUAACACGGAGGUCAGCCCCUCGCAGUUUGAGGCUCAUGCGGGUUGGGCUACACGCAGGAAACCCUAUGCGUACAUCUACACCUCAAACGGCGUGUCUCUCCAUGAACUGGCCAUAUCUUUGUCAAGGGGUCGCAAGUAUUCAGCUAAAGAUAAUGAUGACUUGUGCAUCAUUUGUGCGGACGGUGGGAAUCUUGUUCUUUGUGAUGGCUGUCCUCGGGCGUUCCACAGAGAUUGUGCAUCUCUAUCAGGUGUCCCUCGUGGUGAUUGGUACUGUAAGUUCUGCCAGAAUAUGUUUCAGAGGGAGAAGUUUGUAGAACAUAAUGAAAAUGCUGUUGCUGCCGGAAGGGUUGAAGGAAUUGAUCCUAUUGAACAGAUAACCCAAAGAUGCAUCCGUAUAGUCAAAGACAUUGAAGCUGAACUUACUGGAUGUGUAUUAUGUAGGGGGUAUGACUUUAGCAAAUCAGGGUUCGGUCCACGUACUAUUAUACUUUGUGAUCAGUGUGAGAAGGAAUAUCAUGUUGGCUGUUUGAAGAAACAUAAAAUGGCAAAUUUGAAGGAAUUGCCAAAGGGGAAAUGGUUUUGUUGCACAGAAUGCAAUAAAAUUCAAUCUAUUUUGCAAAAGUGCCUAUCAAGGGGAGCUGAGGAACUCCCUGAAUCUCAUUUGGAUAUUAUGAGGAAAAAGCAUGAGGGGAACGGUUUGGAGAUGGUCAAUGGUUUUGAUAUCAGAUGGAGACUUAUCAGUGGCAAAAUGGGCACUCAGGAAUCUCGGUCAUUGCUUUCAAAGGCUGUUGCCAUCUUCCAUGAUUGCUUUGAUCCAAUAAUUGAUGCAGAAUCUGGGCGUGAUCUCAUUCCGGCAAUGGUCUAUGGAAGGAAUGUUAGGAGUCAAGAAUAUGGGGGGAUGUACUGUGCGAUUCUAAUGGUCAACUCAACUGUUGUAUCAGCUGCAAUUAUUCGUGUUUUUGGUCAAGAAGUUGCUGAGCUUCCUUUAGUUGCAACAAGUAGUGGUAAUCAUGGAAAGGGCUACUUCCAAUCAUUAUUUUCUUGCAUUGAGAAGUUGCUAGCUUUCUUGAGUGUGAAAAACCUUGUGCUGCCCGCUGCCCCAGAAGCAGAAUCUAUAUGGACAGAAAAAUUUGGAUUCACAAAGAUAGAUCCGGACCAGCUUAUCAACUACAGACGGACUUGCUACCAAAUGAUUACCUUCAAAGGAACAUCAAUGUUGCAUAAAAAGGUUCCUGAAUGUCGACUUGUAAAUACAGCAUGAUAGAUUUUUGUUUAUGCUCUUAUGUUUGCUGAUGUUAAUUAUUUGCAAGCUCUCUGCUUCCAGUUCAUGGUUGUAAAAUUUUAUGAAUUGGAAUUGUCAAGCCUCUGCUGUUCUUUAUUUGAGCUGUCAACUGUUCAUAUCAACAUAUUCAUUGACCUUCGGCUUAUUUGUUAAUCUAUUUAUUCGUUAGCUUCAGAAAGGGGCACUAUGGGAAUUAUGCU